AUGUCAGAGAAACCAACAGUUCUAAUCAUCGGUGCCGGAUUUGGAGGUCUCGGCUGUGCCCGUCAAUUCGUCAAGAAUGGAGCGGCCAAGGAUUUCAAUGUCAUCUUGGUCGAAAAAGGUGAACAUUUCUCCAUUGGAGGAAUGUGGCAAUUUGUUUGGAACUCUCGACUGACAAUGGAAGAAACCAUGUUUCCCUUGUCCAAGGCUAUUUUACCUGGUAUCAAGGUCCGCACCAAAACCACCGUGUCCAAGUGGUCACCCCAAGACAAGAAGGUUGUAUUGACAAACGGAAGCACCAUCAGCUACGACCACAUUGUCUUGUCGCCUGGUGUGGUUCCGGAUCCCAAAGACGUACCAGGAAUUGAAAACUUUGUAAAUAUUUGUUCCAUUGAUCACGUGGCCAAGCAGAAGCAAGACCUGGAGGAAUUGGUGGCCAAAGCCAAAACUGAAAAGGUUACCUUUUGCUUGGCCAUUAGUGUCAACCCGUACAAAUGUCCACCAGCUCCCUAUGAAUUGGCCCUGUUGGUGGAUGAGUAUGUUCGAAAGGCUGGUGUACGUGACAAUGUGCGUGUAGUCCUUACUUGUCCCGUCGAAUACAGCAUGCCCCCCAAUACCAAAUCGGUUGUACUUGGUGCAUUGAAGGAACAAAAUGUCGAAUUCCUCAACAAAAAAGAGCUGGAAAAGGUAGACAGUAACUUGCUCCACUUUAAGGAUGGGAGUGAUCCACUUGCCUUUGACGUUUUGUGGGGUGUCUGGCCCAUUCGGGCGCCUGAUUUUAUCCAAGAGUCUGGUUUGAAAAUUAAUCCAAAGGGAACCAUUACGGUGGACGACAAGGUGAGCAAUACGAUUGGUACUGGCGCUCCUGGUGCCCACAUUAUUGGCGACGCUUGUCGAGUCCCCUUUGGACAAGCCGGAAUUCCAAAAGCUGGUGAAUUUGCCUGGAAGAUGGGAAUCUCUGUUGCGGAUGAUAUUGCGGGCAAGCGCCAACCAGCGGAUCGGUCAGGACAGUGUGCGGCGGAAGCUGGAUUUGGAAAGGGAAUUGUCUUGUCUCCCAACUUUUCGGAUGUCUGCAACGAUCCAGAGAAUGGAAAACCAAAGGUGGGGAUCGAGUCAGUGGAGGAUGGUACGGAUCGAAAAGUGGCAUGGUGCAAUGGAUAUUUGAAAGACAUAUUUGGAGAAAAUGUCAAGCCAGUAGUAUUGAGGGACUAG